AUGGAUCAUACAAUUGCGCCCUCACAAGGCCGUCCCGUCGCCAAGAAUCUCACCGUUGCCCAGCAGCAAUGGUUGGCUGGGGUAAUUGCAUCCAUGAAGGAUAAAAUUAACACGAAACUCGAACCCAACCACGACGCCAGGACGCCCCUUGAAAAGGUCCUGGCAGAUGAUCGUGCCCUGAAGCACAUGCAUCAUUGGUAUGAUGGGGUCAUGCGGGAGGCAGAAUGCAUGCAGUUGGGCAGCUCACAAAUGCCCAACUUUCACGCCUUGUGGGUAGCCCGCCGUGCCGAACUCGGCAGAGGACCACCUCUUCCAAAGGAGCAAACCUUAGCAUACCAAUUGGCCAUCGCCAAAGGUCAAAUUACCGCCGGCAACAACGAGUGA